CAGGUCCACCUUAACAUUUGAUGUCACUCAUUGCUCAUGCAGUUUGCAUUUACGUACGUCAACAACAUGAUUGAAUAGAGGCUUUCUUCCUGUCGUAUGCUUUACUCAUAUGGACCGAGACAGGCAGUAGAGUUUAUCAAUUUGGAUGCAUCUCGUGUUGUUUUCACGUUCCCCAUCAUUUCAGUGAAGAGGGGCGACGAAACCGCCAACGUUUAUCACCGGGAUUAGGGCCUUGUCCGGGGUGAGCAGAUUAUCCUGCACUGCCAACUUGUUGAAGUAGAAAUCAUCAUACAAAUCGAGUCGCCCAGAGUGAGGCCCAGGCAGGAGCCGACUGCUGCUGACCACGGCACCAUGAUGGAGGGGGGCAUGCAGCUGCUGAACCGUGACGGCCACAGCAUCUCGCACAACUCCAAGCGCCACUACCACGACUCGUUUGUGUCCAUGAACAGGAUGCGCCAGCGUGGCCUGCUCUGCGACAUCGUGCUGCACGUCUCCAACAAGGAGAUCAAGGCGCACAAGGUGGUGCUGGCCUCCUGCAGUCCCUACUUCCAUGCCAUGUUUACAAAUGAGAUGUCGGAGAGUCGUCAGACCCACGUGACCCUGCAUGACAUUGACCCCCAGGCGUUGGAACAGCUGGUUCAGUAUGCCUACACGGCAGAAAUCGUGGUGGGGGAGGGCAACGUGCAGACAUUGCUUCCAGCGGCCAGCCUGCUGCAGCUCAACGGGGUGAGGGACGCCUGCUGUAAGUUCCUCCUCAGCCAGCUUGACCCUUCCAACUGCCUGGGCAUCCGCAGCUUUGCCGACACGCACUCCUGCAGCGACCUGCUCAAGUCGGCGCACAAGUACGUCCUGCAGCACUUUGUGGAGGUGUCCAAGACUGAGGAGUUCAUGCUGCUGCCGCUAAAGCAGGUAUUAGACCUGAUCUCCAGUGACAACCUGAACGUACCGUCAGAAGAGGAGGUAUACCGGGCCGUGCUGAGCUGGGUCAAACACGACAUAGAUGGGCGCAGGCAGCACGUACCCUGGCUGAUGAAGUGCGUGCGUCUGCCCCUGCUGCGGAGGGAUUUCCUCAUGAGCAACGUGGACACGGAGCUGCUGGUGCGCCACCACUCUGAGUGCAAGGACCUGCUCAUCGAGGCCCUCAAGUACCAUCUUAUGCCCGAACAGAGGGGUGUGCUGAGUAACAGCCGUACCCGGCCGCGCCGCUGCGAGGGCGCCAGCCCCGUGCUCUUCGCCGUCGGUCAGUGUGCCCCCGAGGUUACCCACCAGGGUGGCGGCAGUCUGUUUGCUAUCCACGGUGACUGCGAGGCCUACGACACGCGGACUGACCGAUGGCACAUGGUGGCAUCCAUGUCCACUCGGCGGGCACGUGUGGGCGUGGCGGCCAUUGGCAACAAGCUGUACGCUGUGGGAGGGUAUGACGGCACCUCAGAUUUGGCCACAGUGGAGUCCUACGACCCUGUCACCAACUCCUGGCAGCCUGAGGUUUCAAUGGGGACGCGACGGAGCUGUUUGGGCGUGGCAGUGUUGCACGGCCUCCUGUACGCCGCCGGUGGUUACGACGGAGCUUCCUGUCUCAACAGUGCAGAGCGGUACGACCCUCUCACCAGUACCUGGACCUCCAUCGCUGCCAUGAGCACCCGAAGGAGAUACGUCCGUGUGGCCACUCUAGAUGGCAGUCUGUAUGCAGUAGGAGGAUAUGACAGCUCCUCACACCUAGCAACAGUGGAAAAAUAUGAACCACAGAGUAACGCAUGGACAGCCAUCGCCAAUAUGCUGAGUCGACGCAGCAGUGCCGGGGUGGCCGUGCUGGAGGGCAUGCUCUAUGUCGCCGGGGGCAACGAUGGCACCAGCUGCCUAAACUCGGUGGAGCGAUUCAAUCCCAAGACCAACGCCUGGGAGGGCGUGGCGCCCAUGAACAUCCGCAGGAGUACCCACGACCUGGUGGCUAUGGACGGCUGGCUGUACGCAGUGGGCGGCAAUGACGGCAGCUCCAGCCUCAACUCCAUUGAGAAGUACAACCCGCGCAGCAACAAGUGGGUGGCGGCCUCCUGCAUGUUCACGCGGCGCAGCAGUGUGGGGGUGGCCGUCCUAGAGCUGCUCAACUUCCCGCCGCCUUCGUCGCCCACACUCUCUGUGUCCUCCACCAGCCUUUGACACGGGGCUAAGCUCUGGCUGACCUCAGCCUCAACCUCGGCCUUGGUUGCCACCGCACAGCCAGGCCCCAGCAAGAGACGCAACUGCUCUGUGUGAAGAGGAGGGAGUGAGAUGAUGCAUAUACUUGAAUCAGGUAGCGAGAGGGAGAGUGGAGAAAAUGGCUUGAGAGAGAGUGGGAGGGGUACAGUUUGAGGGAGAGUGGAGAGAAGGGCUUGAGAGACUGGGAGGGGUACAGUUAGAGGGAGAAGAGGUGAUGGGAAGAGUGAAAGAUGGAGAGAGAAAUGCACAGAGGGGACUGCUGGAUCUGGUCUCUUUCCCUGAAGUCUCACUGUAUUACCGUAAAGAUACCAGCUUCUAGUCUAUUGAAGAACACAGGAGAGUUUUCCUCAGAUAAAGAGGUUGGGAAAAAAACACCAUUUGCAAUCCAAUACCGUCUCUGAACCGAUUUUAACUUAGGAAUGUAGCUAUUGACUGGUUCUGCCAUGCAUGUUUACUGACAUUGUGUCCUGGCAGGCAGGAAUAAAAAUGAGUAGUGCAGCUGUAUGUGUCACACUAGGUGGCAUUAACGGGCAAUGUUGUUUACCGUCCUACCCUACGGACGAGCCUUGUGUAAUAGAGUGUUGCCCCUAGACAUUUUCCAGCUUUUCCCCUUAAAUGGUUAAGGUUAGUAUUGAGGAGGGGAAGCUGAUCCUAGAUCUGUACCUAAGGAAAACUUCAACCAACCAAUGGAGAAGAAGAAAAAAAAGAAUGUAGCUAUUGAUUCGAGAUCUAUCGUUACUCUAAACUGUAAAUUAGUUUAAUUUCUUUAAAAAAUAUAUAAGAACAGAUAUGAUGUUGAAUUAUUUAUUAAAUGUAAAAAAAAUAUAUAUAUAUAUAGCUAAUAUAUUCCGACAAUUUCAAAGAUGCUUUGUGAAAAGCAAAUGGACCACUGCUACGACUCGAGUGCCGUAUUAUUUUUAUUUUGUUGUGUUAACGUCGUGCAUAUCAUUGAUGGAAGUGUGUCCGAGAGGAUGUCAAAAGUGGGAAGUUGUCCGGUUUGAGCGUUGAGUAUAUCAGAGUGAAGGAUUGAAAAGGAUUUUUUAAACUGAUGAAGAUAUCAGGGCCCGUAUUCAUAAAGUGUCUCAGGGUAGGAAUGCUGAUCUAGGUUCCCCCUUAUUCAUAAUGAUUUAAAAGGAUAAACUGAUCCUAGAUCAGCAUUCCUACUCUGAGACACUUUUUGAAGACGGGCAGAGGUCAACUAAAAUAUCUUUAUUAUUUGUAAAGGAUAACAGAUAAAAGAAAGAGGUUUAUUUUGUUCAUGCAGUGUUUAUUCUUUUGUCGGUUGGUACCUUGACUGAAAAUGUUAAAUAUUUUUCAAAAGUAGCCUUGUCACUGCCACAUGUAUUUCACAACCGAUGUCAUUAGUAGUUAUGGCAACUGAUGUCCAAUACGGUUGUAUGGAAGGCUAUGGUAUGCAAGCUUGCUUGUCCGCUAGCUAAUUAGAAGACCCCAAUCCAUUGUAUAGAUCAUUAUCAUUCAUAAACACAUAGUGGUAUCACGAUCAUGACAGCUUUGAAAUGGCUAAAGAGCAGAAGGUUCAAGUAAUGUGUAGGCCAAUUAACACAACACUAAUCUUAAUACUUGAGACUAGCUGCGGCAAUGUCAAUGUGGAAACAUUUAUGGUGCUUUCAUUUUGUGUUACUUACUCAUCAUUUUGUACUUUCCCUCAUCAUACCUCUUCCUGUAUUGUUGAAAAGGAUCCAAAGUUACCACAGCGAUGUUUACGUAGUAAACGUGUGACAACAUGUAGUAUAACUCUAAGCUCUAACGAUACUCUGGAACACGUCUAUCUGAUAAUACCAUUCUUUGGAAGUUCCACAAAAUGGCACACAUCAAAGCAACGGCUGAUUGGUUAAGGAAAUGAAGCUGUUUCUACAUACUCAAUACUGAUACUUUACCUGAGGUUAAAGAGCUGUGUCAGCCACAACAGGUCCUAAUUUGAGUUUUUGACUCGUCACAGUUAACUAGGUUGAAUAAAUAGGCUAUGUAGAGCAGUGUGAUCAAAUGUAAAACUUCUGAGAAGUUAUUUAUUUUCCUUUUUUCAAAGGAUUUUGUUGAUCUGGUUUUGUUUUUACCCCCCAGUAAUGGUGAAGUGUUUUGUCCCCAAAUCGCAAAAGUGGUUGCAGUGAUGUCUUCUGUGACGUCAUGGUCAGGUUGUAUACAGAUUGUUUUAAGAGGUCUGUUUAGCGACCAGAAAAAAAACUUAUUUAGCUGGUUGUAAUCUGGUAUCUAACCAGGCGUCUCUACAACCAGAAAAUGACGUCAUUAUAACAUUCCAUGCCAAAUUUUACACGGUGGGUUCGUGUGAGCUCAUAAUGUACCAUGAGUGAAAUCUCCACACAAGAACUUGGCCUCCAUUUAGUUGAAUCAAAUGUAACGAAGGAAUUGUCCAAAUUCUCAGAUUGAAUGCAUUGUCAAUGUGACUGUAGCUUUUUUAGUUGACACAUUAUUGUUCAAUGUGACCUGCAUCGUUUAUUAAUAUGUUAUAUCUUUAUUGAGAAAAUGUAUGGAGAAAUGUUGCACUAUUGUGAAAUGGAGCAAUACACUGUAUAGAAAAUAAAUAAAAUGCUUUCAGGUGUGAGAACCCA